GCAGCUCGAGGAAGUCUCGGUGGGGGCGACCCGGGCGGGAGACCUCCCGGCGGCUCUCCUCCGCCCGUGCUCGGCGCCCAAAGCCGGCAGGGAGGGCUCGGGUGCGCCACGAGGACUCCGGGGCCCCGCCAUGAUGGAGGCGUUCAGCUCGCGCAACCUGGCCCUGCAGGCGGAGAAGAAGAUCCUGAGCCGCAUGGCCAGCAAGUCCACCAUCACCAUGGUCAUCGACGAGACCAGUGGCGCCGUCCUGGACGAGCUCUACCGCAUCUCCAAGGAGCACACGCGGAGCCGGGCCGAGUCCCAGAAGGUCAUCAAGGACCUGGUCAAGGUGGCGGUCAAGGUCUCCGUCCUGUACCGCAACCAGCGCUUCAGUGAGGCCGAGCUGGCCCUGGCCGAGGAGUUCCGGCGCAAGCUGCGCCAGGGCGCCAUGACGGCUGUCAGCUUCCACGAGGUGGCCUUCACCUUUGAGCAGGCUGUGCUGGCGCGGCUGCUGAGUGAGUGCCGCGACCUGCUGCUGCGGCUGGUGGAGAAGCACCUGACGGCCAAGUCCCACGGGCGCAUCCGGCACGUCUUCGACCACUUCGCCGACCCUGAGCUCCUCGCCCGGCUGUACAGCCCGGGGAGCCCCUUCGAGCCCCACCUGGAGAGGGUCUGCCAGGGGCUGAGCCAGCUCAUCGACCAGGGGAAGCUGUGAGGGAUCCGGGGCAGGCCUGGGGG